CAAAUAGGUGCUUGGCCAAUAGAACAUUUAAUAAAAGAUUGUACGUUCAAAUCUGUGCAAAAAUAUCUUCGAAUUUAAAAUUUCCAUUACAAUGAAUUAGAGAAGAAAAAACAAAGAAAUAAAUAAGAAAAUUGGUUGAAUAAUAUGCAAUAAAAUAAUUUAAGUUCAUCGUUUUCGAACUGUUCAAACUGAUUUUACGAUUUUCGGAAGCUGAUUCAAUGGACUCGAAGCAAGCUACCAAGCAAUAAAAGAAGAAUGUUUUGAAUAGGUCUCAAUUAUAUUUAAGUGACAGUCUUUAUAGCUUUGCGAAAGGAAAACUUUCGAUACACCCAAAUGGGUGGCUCAGUAAGUCAAGUGUUUCGUUCGGGCAGUGCUCUACUAUCAAAUCGAGAUUGUAAAGUGUCUGAGCACACAAUUGACAAAAUUAACACCGUUUUCGAAAUUCUUCGUGCAAAUCCAAAAAUAUCGAUGCAAACAUUGGAAGGGCUUCUGAUGCAAAUAGCCAAAUAUGAAAAUGUAUUGGCGAUACACGACGAAUGUGGAUAUAAUUUACUUCAAAAAAGCGUCGGAAUUAACCAUAUCGAAUUGGCAAGAUGGCUUUUACAACGGCGUCCUGAUGUAAAUCGAAGCGCUUGUUCACUUCCGCUUCAUAUUGCCUGUUUGAAGGGCUAUGAGGAAUGCGUUGAACUGCUAUUGAAACAUGGAUCGCGUAUGGAUACUGAAGCUCGCAUGUGCUUUCCUGGACCCCACUGCAAUAAUUGCGAACUAAGUGGUAAAUAUCGUGGCGUGAAUGAUGGUGUUACUGUGUGUAGUCCAGUGUCAAAUCACAAUGAGCGACAAAAUACAAAAUUACAAAAUGCAGUUUGUCAUGCGAUCGACGGUGAUCAAAUCGGUGUACUGAAUAUUUUAUCACAAAAAAUGGAAGAACCAUGGCUGCCAUUUAGAGUAAAAAAACCAUUGUUGCAUUUGGCCUGUGAACGUGGAGCAUGGAAAUGUGUACAACAAUUGGUUAUCACACGAAAUGAUGAAAUUAAUCUAAUCAAAGACGAAUACUAUCCCAUUCAUAUGGCAGUUUUGCAUGAUCAACGUUUUUUGGAGUUACUCAUUCAACAUGGAGCUAUAACAACAGUUCGUACUUGUACACAGCAAAUGACUUUGCUGCAUGUUGUAAUUUUUGUGGCACGAAAAUCGGCUGAUGACACUUUAAGUACAAUACGAAUUUUACUUGAACGCGGUUGCAAGGAACUCAUCAACGAGCCAGACUCACUUGGGAACACUCCGUUGCACGGUGUACUUGUUCGAUAUGCUCUGGAAGAAGCACGAUACGGAUUUCAAAAAUGGAAUAAAUGGGAUAUUUUGCAUUUGGUACGAUUCCUUUUGCAAAAUGGUGCAAAAGCCAGUAUUAACCAAGCCGGUAACAGCGCUUUGGCUUGCGUUUUUCGUCACGUACGGGACUGGGAAGUUUGCUAUGAACUACUUAACAUGUUAAUUAAGGAAGAAGGUGAUCCAAAUAUCGUAGGUCGCGAUGGAAGUGUUCCUAUAAUGGUUUGUUUAGUUCCAUUAAUCAACAAAGAUCAGUUACACCAUUUCACGCAUUCAAUGAAGGUGUGCUAUUUGAAUUGUAUUCGAAUAUUGUUGCAACAUGGUGCCAAUCCAAAUUGUUCAUAUCGUUCAUAUUUGACGCCGUUACAUGUUUUAAUAUUUACCGUUAGCGAAAAUUUAACGUUGAAUUGUGAAAAUCAAAAGCAGAAUAAUUUCGAUUUUAUCAAAAAUAUUUUAUUACUUUUGCUGCAACAUGGAUUAGACUGUAACACAUAUCAACAUAUAUUACAAUCAAUAAUGGAUAUGGUACAAAAUUUACGUGUCAGUCAAGAUAUGUUAUGUAUUUAUGAGUUGGCAUUGACUCUUAUACAAUAUGGCGCCAAUCCGAAUAUUGUAUUAAAUGGAAAAGCAACAUCGGGCAGUGCAAUUGUGACAAAUGAAAUUGCCAGUUUUGGUGAUAGCAUUCGUAUGACAAACGGUCAACAUAACAAUGAGUCUAGUAAUGCUGGCUAUCGCAACAACGGCAAUACCGCCAGUAGUAGUUCAUUUCGUACACAUUCACGCUAUAUAUUAUUUUAUUACGUCAUUUUAAUAAGUAAAAAAGAAUUUUUGUUAACUGAUCCAAAGCAAACGUAUGCGAGAAUUAUAUAUUUAUUUUACUACUCGAUGUCACACGAAUCUCUUUUCAAUUGUUUGAAAUGUUUGCAUAAUUUUUUUGUAGCUCAGAUACCAAAUCGUUCUACAGAAAACCUAAUCGCUCUUAUUUCAUCAUUAUAUCGAAGACCACGGUCACUCAAGCAAAUAUGCCGUCAAACAGUGUACACAAGCUUAAAUAAUAAACUAGCUCAGAACAUUAACAAACUCAAUUUGCCUGGACCUUUAAAAGAAUAUGUUCUGAACUUUGAGCCAUAACUAGAGUACCUAGAGUAACAUUUUGACCCAUUUUUGUGGUCAAUUUUCUGUUAAAUAGAAGCUAGAUUAUAGUUUCCAAUAAAAUUUACGUAUUCCAAUGGAA